AUGGGAAGAGGAAAUCAAACAGUGGUGGCAGAAUUUAUCCUUGCUGGGUUUUCCAAUUUCCCAGACCUGCAGAUUCCGUUGUUUCUGGUGUUCUCUCUAAUUUACCUGGUUACUUUGAUGGCAAAUAUAAUCAUCAUCACUGCGAUAAGGCUUGACCGCAGCCUCCACAUCCCCAUGUACUUCUUCCUCUCCAUCCUCUCCUUCUCAGAAAUCUGCUAUUCACUUGUCAUUAUCCCCAAUAUGCUUGCAAAUCUUCUAAGAGAAAAGAAGACCAUCUCCUUCAUUGGCUGUGCUACUCAGAUGUGCAUUUUCCUGGGCUUUGGGUGCACAAAUUGUAUGCUUCUAGCAGUAAUGGGGUAUGACCGAUAUGUGUCCAUAUGCAAACCUUUACGUUAUCAGAUUUUGAUGAAUCAAAGUCUCUGCACCAAACUGGUGGCUUGUUCAGCAACAACUGGAUUUCUUUUUUCCACCUCAGAGACUAUAAUCAUAUUUACCUUGCCUUUCUGUGGACCAAAUAAACUUAAGCACUUCUUUUGCGAUUUAGCUCCUUUGCUUGAAUUAGCCUGUGGCCGAAACUACAUAGGAGAAACUGUCAUUUUCAUUAUUUGUGUUUUGGUUGUAAUUUGUGCAUUCCUGUUCAUCCUUCUCUCAUACUUUUUAAUUGUUAACACUGUCUUGAAAAUCCCCACAACGGCUGGGAAGCGUAAAGCCUUUUCCACUUGUGCCUCCCAUCUUAUUGUGGUCGUGGUGCACUUUGGUUGUGCUUCCAUUAUCUAUUUAAGGCCCAAAUCCAGAUACACACUAGAUGAAGACACUUUUAUUUCUGUCUCUUACACAAUGGUGACUCCCUUGUUGAACCCCUUAGUGUACAGCCUGAGAAACAAAGAUGUUCAAAUAGCGCUUAAGAAAUCGCUUGGCAAAAGCUCCUGCACCCAAAGAAUGUGAAAAUCCAGAAGGAAAUAGUUGUCACCUUGGAAUCAUGAAACACAACAAAUUUUAUUUAACUCUCUGGACGAAGAAUAUCUCUGACAGUUCUGCAGCUGUUCCUUAUCUUUCUACUCAUCUGGAUAUAGAAUAUUCAUUUGGAAAAUGGUGGGCUUGAUUUAGUAGUUAUAACUUUGAUUUUCUGUUUAGUAAAAUGCUGGAAAAACUCCUGCUGCACCCAACAAAUCUGAGAAUCGAGAAGGAAAUGCAAGUUUUCACCUUGAAGAGGAAUCAUCAAACACAACAAAUUUUGUAUAACAUUCUGGACAAAGCAGAUCUCUGAUAGUACUGCAGCAUUAUCUUUCCACUCAUCUAGAUAUGGAAUAUUCAUUUGGAAAAUGGUGGGCUUGAUUUAGUAGUUACAACUUUGAUUAUCUGUUUAGUAAAAUGCUGGAAAGGUGCGGGUGGCGCUGUGGUCCUUUUGAGUGAAUCUGAGCAACGGGGUGAGCUCCCCUUGCUC